AUGGCCUCGCGUGCAGGGCCCACGACGUCCGCCCUGUUCCUGCUCUGCUGCGUGGGGAGCUGGCUGACCUCCCACACGUUGCCCGCGCUAGGACCAGCCGAGAGAGGGAAAAUAUUCAAGGAAUUACGGUCCUUGUCAAAGAUGCUCUUGGAAAACUACGUGAAGGAAGAAAAGGGGGUGCCCAUGUCCCAAAGUUACACGCUACCGUGUCUCAUCCCCGACGCCCAGCCACCAAACCACAUCAACAUCUCAGCCAUUCGGACGUAUCUCCAAACCAUCAGACAGUUAAGAGAUAACGUAACUCUGGGUGAAAUCAUAGAACAUCUCGACAAACUCAGAUUUCAAGAUGCAUCAAAAACAAACAUUUCCGUGCCUGCAGGCACCCUUGAAAAUAAGCGCUUCAUCUUGACUAUCUUAACACAGUUUUCGGAGUGCAUGGAACUUGCAUCAAAACCAUCUAACUCUGAAGCCCAACGGGCUGGUUAAGGCCUCUUCCUUUUGGAGUGGCAGGAACUUAUGAAGCCUUAAAAAAAAUGACUGACAGCUAAGUGUGAGAACUCUGCUGUGAUUUAUUGAGUAAAUUUUUCCAGUAAAUAAUAAUGAAUGCUCAGAUGUGCCAGUCCCGGGAGGGCUGAGAUUGAAAUUUAUGAGUUAACUUGAAAAAGAUUAUGUCAUUGUUCUUAGGCUUGGUAUUUAUAGAAUGUUUUUCUUCUGCAGGCUUAAACCUUACCUACUCUCAUUAUGCCCUUGUGAGGGCAGGAGGUGGCAGCUAUGUUAAUUUAUUGAUAUUUAUUAUAAUUUUAUAAUGUUAUUAAUGCACUUGGAGGAGCCUUUGGAAUCUAUUUAAUAAAUUAUGUUGACUAUUUUCUCAUAAUCAGUUUUGGGUUUUGUGAGGGGGUUGACAUUAGCGAGUGGGGACCCAAGCUGGGUGGAGUUGUUCGGAGGAAAGGUGGUUGUGUUCUAGAAAUAGAUUCCACCACUGCCAUUUCCCCCACUGGACACACUCAGUAACCAUAGCGAGCCCAGCAACAGCCUUGUUGAGCAUGUUCUUUAUGCCAGGUCAUGUAUUAAUAAGUGCUGUCACUGUCCUCUUUUUAUGGGUGGGGAAACUGAGGCAGACAGGCAUUUAGUCACUUGUUCAGGGCCACACAGCUGCUCAGGGGUGGAACCCAGGCUCCAGCUUGCACUUCACCUCCCUCUCCACCUUCACAUCUCCCUGGGCAGGGCCUGGGUCUUAGAGGCGUCCGGUGCCAGGUGUGGCACAGGGCAAUCUUUCAGUGACUCCUGUAUGAUUCUCCACCAGAUCUUCAGGGCCCCCCGGGGAUGACACCAUCUUUCCAUCCAGGUCCAAAGAUUUUGUCAUCUGAACAAGUGUUGAGUCCAAAGCUGUUAAGGGUUCUUAGGGAUCAUGUGGACUAAUGGUUCUCAAAGGGUGGUCUCUGGACCGGCACCUGGCAAUGCUUCAGAAAUGCAAACCCUUGGGCUCCACCCCAGCCCCACUGAAUCAGACGGUCUGUGAGUGGAGCCAGCAACGUGUGUCUGAAUGAACACGCCGGGAAUCUGAGGCACUCUCCAGCCUGGGAACCCCUGAUCUUGAGUGACCAGCACCUUCACCUUCAUCUUAUCUUUGGGGAAACUGAGGACCAGAGAGGUGUGGU